CCCCGGCCGCUCCCCCCGCCACUUGGCCCCGGGCCCUCCGGCCGUGCGCGUGUCCCUGGCCCGCCUGCCCCCGGGCUCCCGGAGCGGCGGCGGCGGCGGCGGCCAGGGCAGCAUGGUGGAGAAGCGGUGCCCGCUGCAGAGGGACGGCGUGUACCGCUGGUUCUCGGAGCUGCCCUCUCCGCAGCGGGUGGAGUUCCUGUGCGGCCUCCUGGACCUGUGCAUCCCGCUCGAGCUCCGCUUCCUGGGCUCGUGCCUCGAGGACCUGGCCCGCAAAGACUACCACUCGCUGCGGGACUCGGAGAUCAAGGCCAACAACCCGGCCGACCUGGGCAGCCUGACCAACCUGACGGACGAGGUGGUGCGCAGCAAGCUGCUGGUGUCGCUGGCGCUGCUGGGCUCGGAGCAGCGCGAGGCGGCCGGGGUGCUCUACCGCACGCUCACGCACAUCGACUCCAUCAUCCACAACUACGGGCUGCAGCUCAACGAGGGCCGCACGGGCGAUGAGUUCCUCCUGCUCUUCACCAUGGCCUCCAACCACCCGGCCUUCAGCUUCCACCAGAAGCAGGUGCUGCGCCAGGAGCUCACGCAGAUCCAGAGCAGCCUGAGCGGCGGCCCGGGCGGCAACAGCGGCGGCAAGAGCUCCCCGGGCCACGGCAGCCCGCUGCCCACCUGCCCGGCCUGCCACAAGGUUACCCCAAGAGCAGAGACCCCUAUAAAUAGUGUUGGUAACAGUUUGGAAAAUGCACUACAUACAUCAGCACAUUCCAUUGAGGAGUCUUUACCCAAGAGGCCUUCAGGAAAACACUCUAAAGUGGGUGUUGAAAAGAUAGAACUGAAGGGAUUAUCGCAUAAGAAAAAUGAAAGAAAUGUUGAAUGUUCCUUUGAGGUCUUGUGGUCUGAUUCUUCAAUAACAUCACUAACCAAAUCUUCCACUGAAGUGACUGAAUUUAUUUCAAAGUUAUCUCAGCUAUAUCCUGAAGAAAACUUGGAGAAAUUCAUUCCUUGCCUAUCUGGCCCAGAUUCAUUUUACCUGGAGAGAAACCACAUGGACCUGGAAUCGGACCUUAGGUAUUUGGCCUCAUUACCUUCUCACAUAUUGAAAAAUGACCAUGUUAAGAAAUUUUUCAGCACUUCAACUCCUACCCAACAACUUCAAAGUCCAAGUCCUGGUACCCCUUCCCUUUCUAAAGUAGGUACUAUGAUGGGAGCAUCUGGAAGGCCUAUAUGUGGAGUAGCUGGCAUUCAGUCUUCUCAGAACAGUACACAGCAUCAUAUUCAACACUCUGCUAGUGCAGCUGUUGCACUGCCCCACUGCUCUCAUUCAGGGAGUACUGGCUCAUCAUUGACCUACCGAACCCAGAUGGACACCUCUUCCCCCAUAUUAAUGUCUUCCAGUCUUCAAACCCCUCAGACCCAGGAACAAAAUGGGAUUUUAGACUGGCUCAGGAAAUUGCGUUUGCACAAAUACUACCCUGUUUUCAAACAACUCACAAUGGAGAAGUUUUUGAGCCUGACUGAGGAAGAUUUGAAUAAAUUUGAAUCCCUGACAAUGGGUGCAAAGAAGAAGCUCAAGACUCAACUGGAGCUAGAAAAGGAAAAGUCAGAAAAACGGUGCCUGAAUCCCUCUACACCAUCUUCAGUAACCAAUAGUGGUGUAGCCAGAGUUCCCCCUACUAGCCAUGUAGGACCUAUACAAACCAUCCGUGGAAACCAUGCUGCAGAGCUACGUGUGGAUGUGGAACAACCAGCUCAUCAGAUGCCCCGAGAAGGCAGCUCUUCAGAGUAUUCUAGUUCCUCUUCUAGCCCAAUGGGGAUCCAGGCUCGAGAAGAAAGCUCUGACAGUGCUGAGGAAAAUGAGAGACGUUUAGAAAUUCACUUGGAGGGUUCAGAUAAGGAGAAGCCAGUAAUGUUACUGAAUCAUUUCACUUCAAGUUCAGCCAGACCCACAGCUCAGGUUCUACCAGUGCAGAAUGAUGCAGGCUCAAACCCGUCCGGCCACCAUCCCUUGCCAGCACAAAUGAUGACAGCAGCUGCCUCUCACAUAGCUCCUAUUCGAAUGCUAAAUUCAGUACACAAAUCAGAAAGAGGAAACACAGACAUGAAGCUUCUUUCAUCUUCUAUGCACUCACUUUUGUCUCUAGAAGAAAGAAAUAAAGUUGCAUCUGGACCAAGAGGCAGCAUUAAAGUGGAAAAGAGUUUUGGAAAUACAAUGAUGGAAGUCUUACCUGCAUCCUCUCCCCACCAGCCCAUGCAAGUCCUUUCUGGGAUUCCUGAAAGCAGUUCAGUAUCACCCACAGUUUCCUUUGGUCCUCGGACCAAAGUUGUCCAUGCUUCCACUCUGGACAGAGUGAUAAAAACAGCCCAGCAGCCAGCGUUGGUUGUGGAAACGAGUACUGCCGCUACUGUCACGUCUAGCACUGUCUUCCACGUAGCUCGUCCACCAAUCAAACUUCUGGUCUCUUCGUCUGUUCCUGCUGAUUCUGCAAUUUCUGGACAAACAUCCUGCUCAAAUAACGUGCAGAUAAGCGUGCCCCCGGCAAUAAUAAACCCUAGGACUGCCCUGUACACAGCCAACACCAAAGUGGCCUUUUCUGCAAUGAGCAGCAUGCCAGUGGCCCCGAUGCAAGGCAGCUUUUGUGCAAAUGGCAAUACUGCCUCUUCCAACAGCCACCCAUCGACUUCAUUUGCAAACAUGGCAAACAUGACCAGCUGCCCUGCCCCCAGUUCUAGCCCCACACUUUCCUCUGUUACAGAAAAUAAUUUCUAUAGCAGCAGCAGCAGCAGCAGCAACAGCAGUAGUGGCUCCACAGGAACCAUUCCUGUACCAAAUCAGAACCAUCACCACCACCACCACCAUCAGCAGCAGCAGCAGCAGCAGCCACCACAGCAGCAGCAGCCACCAGGGUGCAUAGUGUGUACUUCCUGUGGAUGUAGUGGGAAUUGUGGUUCAAGUGGUAUGACAGUCAGUUAUGCUAACUAUUUUCAGCACCCAUUUUCAGGACCUUCAAUGUUUACUUUUCCCUUUCUGCCCUUCAACCCCCUAUGCAGCAAUGGCUACAUCAACACACAACAGUACAGCAGCGGCACAACUUUCCCAGUGGUUCAUUCUCCUUAUAACAGUAACUUAACCCCAGACUCUGUCCUGAGUGGUCAGUCCACAUUUGCAGUUCCUCCAAUGCAGAACUUUAUGGCAGGGACAGCAGGGGUGUACCAAGCCCAAGGAAUGAUGGGAAAUAACAGUUCGGGCCACAAAAAAAGUGGAAACCUUUCUUGUUAUAACUGUGGGGCCACCGGUCACCGGGCUCAGGACUGCAAGCAGCCACCAAUGGAUUUCAAUCGUCAAGGCUGAAACAUAAUUCCAGGGCAGCUACGUGUGAUCUGAAUUGAGAGCCGGAGGUUGAAGUUUUCAAAGUGGAGUUUCGCCAGUCGGACUCUGACACCCCUGGGCUAGGUAAAAUGUCUACUUUUUUUUUUUCCUAAAGUGGUCAGGCACUAAUCUCUGGGAUUUUUAAGGAUUGCACUACAGAAGAAUGUAAAAUGAUUUAAAAUCUCUGCAGUUCUGGUAGACAAUGUUAACGCGUAUUGAGACCAGUGCAAGAGAAAGAAACGACCCACACUUAAAGAAUUGGCACCAGCAGGCUACAUGGCCGACUACACAAAUAAAGCAAUCUUAUAUUUUCCUUUCCCUCUGUAAAACAUGUGUGGCAGUUUCAGUCCUUUCUGUUCAUAAAUGUACACUGUCAACACUUAUUAGCUAGAAACCGCUGACCAGCAGCAAAAUGAACUUAAUUUCCUAAGGGUCCAAGUCCCAGAGACGCCGGGGUCAUAAUGGCUCUGAGAAUACCUUUUUUUUUUUCCUAACACAUUAAACAGCGUUGAGUCCUGUUCCUAUUAGACGUGGAAACCAUCUUUCAGAGACAUAUUAACUACACUACUUUUGUAAAUGAGUUUGAAACCAACCUGAUGCUGAACACUGUUAGCAGACUUUUUGCAAGCCGUUCUUUUAUGUAAUGCUGACUUCUACUACCCCAAGGCUUACUGCUAAAGGAUUCAGAGGUGUUGAGACAGAUAUUUCAACAAUAGUACAAUUUCAUAAUUAAUGAGCAAAAGACUUUAAAGUUUUCCUGUCAACCUCUUGUUACUUUUAGACUAGUUAAUUGUUUGCUACCUAGAAUGUAUCAUUUGACUUGAUAAAAUUUGAAAGAAGCCCCCACUAAAUGCACAUAAUUUUGUAAGUGAAUACUAUAUUCACCAUGGAUUCCUAAAUUUUUAUCCAUUGGAAUGGUAACAUUUGGUUUGAAAGUCAGGGAUUAGAAAACAAAGAUAAUUUUCUGCUAAAAUAGGACUUAAAUGCUCAAAAACCUCUAUUAUCACCAACAUGUACUGAGAAGGCAAAGUGCUGUUAUCCAAGGGUUUUCCAUCAAGUUUAUGUGAAAAUUUCAAAAUGUUCAGCCCAUUUUGAAAGGGUAUUUCAGCCUCAGAACAGAACACCAUAGAAUUGGUUCCAAUGUAGAGGCAUUGUAAUAGGAAAUGGCAGUGAUAACUACACUCGUUUCAAAUUUUUGGAGGUCAGUUUCCCAGCUUCAUGGAAAACCAAAGCAAAAAGGUUGUUUUAUUUGAAUUUGUGAAAAAAUAGUACAUACAAGAUUUUAUUAAUUAUUUCUAUGCAAUGUAGAAGCUACAGACCUCUGUAUUUUCAGCUCUAUGCUACACCGUAUUACAAUACUGAAAUAAUUGUGAUGUUUGCUAAUGCUUUUGAGGAUGUUUCAUUGGGUCUUUUGGGAAAACUAUAAAACUUAAAUGUGAGAAGGAUAAGAACUAACACAGUGCAACUUUGCCUUAAAAGAGUUCUAGACAGUAGGAACAACUUGUCAUGCUGUAUACACUAUGUUAAAGGAAGAGUUUUCAAUGAUGUUUACGACUUUUAAUAUUUUUGAGGGCCUUGUACAGUGGCCUGGAUGUGUGCUGGAAGCCAAACUUUUUUUUAAGCGAAUACUUCAAAAUUGUAUUUAAGUAAACCCUAUUUUCAACAGUGUCAUUCAUUGUUGGAGACUGUCUCAUAGCAAAGAAAAAUGUUCAUUUAUGUAAGUUGUAUUUUUAAUGGAUAAUAUCGGGGGAGUCAAGUGUCUGUUGCCAUUCUGACUUGUUUGGUACAUAUUAACCACUUACCUACAGUUCAAUCCUUUACAAAAUUAAAACUCUGAUUUGCAAAUUUUAAAUUCACAAGUUGAGCAGCUCAUAAUUGUUUUCCAAAUUAGUUCAAGUAGCCAUUUUAAGAAAAUCUUGUGUUUGAAAAUGGGUUUACAAUACAUUGUGUCAGAUGAGGACAUUUUAAGUUAGGAAAAUUUCGUGAGUAAACAAAGAACUCUUAAUGCAGAAAUGGUUAAAAUACCAGUGUUUGAGAGCUUUCCCAAAGCAAAUCACUGUUUUGUGGCUUCAGAGUAUUUGUCAGCAGUAUUAUGAAUUUCUGUUGAGAAGCCAAAAUUAGAUAAACCCAUACAGCAUUUUUGCAUUUCAUUAAGAGUCUUUACUUAUUAGGCACAGAUCAUCUUUAACCCUUUCCGUUUCUUAGUAUCUUGCUUUAAAUUGUGGUCUCAAUCUCAGAGUGGCUGAAACAACCAGGUAGGUAGUUGGUAAUGCCACUUCUUUGUGUAUGUCUGUCAUGUAUUAAAGAAGCUUCAAGCACCACUACCCCACUCCACUUAUUCCUGACCCUUUUCUGCUCUGACAGGCAAGCAGGGUGGGAGGGGUAGUGGAAUGUACAGGUUGAAGUAGAAUUCAGUGUGGGAUAAAACAACUAUUUAAAUACUUUUUUUUAAAGGAAGAACAGUUAACUACCUUAUGUUCUAACUUUAAAUUCAUUGUAGUAUAGAAAACUAGAAAGUGUUAAAACUUUCUGGUUAUUGAAGAGUACUAAGUACAUGGGAGCUAGCACUUCUACAAAUUCUUUUAAAACACACACACACUUUAUGAUUAGAAAUAUUGGAAAUAAAACCAGCAUUGUGUGUACCCUACAAAAGAUUCUAGGAGUCAAGUUUGUUAAUAGAAGGCUUAAAAUAGGUUCAGUAUUUUUUAUUAAAUAUUUAGAACUCUAGAUUCUUUAUUGCAAGAGGUCAACAUGGUUCAUUUACACUACAAAUUGUAUGUAUUGAGGCACAGUAGUAGUAACUUUACCAAAAUAUCACUCAGCUAUAUCAAGUCAUUAAUCUUUCUGAGCACAGUAUAUAGGCUUCCAAUCCUUUUUUUAAUAACUUGGAUUACUAUCAAGCACCUGCCAAAAAUUUGGUUGUGAAUAGUUCCCUGCCAUUGUCAUCCCUGAUACAUAAGUGGCUUUUUUUUCAAUGUUUUGGCCUUGCUAGUUCUACAUACUGAUAUAACUGGUGCCAUUAAUGUCGGAAAGUCUUAAAUUAGUAGGGGGAAAACCCCUAACUCGAUUUUCACCAAGAAAAAUAAUCCUUGUGCAUAAGUGAGUUUUGUUGUCCAUAGUUGUUCACUGUGGAUUAGUCCCAAAGAACAAAUCAAAUAGUUUACAUUGAAAGCCAUGGAUUCUGAAGGAAGGCUUAAUUGUUUAAAAAAAAAUCCCAAGGGUCUUAAUGAAAAUGAGCAUAUUGAACUGUAACACUUGCAAUAUUCAUAUAUGUGCAUAUAUAUGUGUGUGUGUAUAUAUAUAUGUAUGUAUAUAAACUGUGCUGGUUUGAGGCCAAAGGUAAAUGUUACUACAAUAUUAACUUUGAGGGAAUGGAGCAAAGGUAAUCAAUCCCCAGAUGUAACCACAUAAAACAUGUGUAUUGUUAACAGCCCUCAUCAAAUUUUCUACAUGUUUAUAAGUUCAUACAAAUAGCAAAAGGCAUUUGGUACUGAAUGUGAAAGCAAACCUUAUGUACUCAAGUACAAGUUAAACUUCAGACUCUUGGACAUAAUUUUAUGUUAGGAAUGAAGGAAAAUUUUCCCAUUUUUGAGCCAUUAUUUUGUCACUUCUACAAAUGCAUGUAACUUUAUAAAUAUUUUUUAAAAAUAUAGUUUUGUAAAUAUUUAAUAUUCCGCUAAUUUGAUUUUGAACUGUAAAUGUCAAGUAUUCUGUUAUUGGGGUUUUUAUGUUUUAUUAUACUUUGUUAAAAAGGAAAAAUUGUACAUUUUUAGAAUGUUUUUAUGAGUAAAUUUAAUGUACUGAAAAUAAAAAUUAAAAACAGGUUUAGUGUGCCAUUGAAUAAGA